AUGCCAAUGAGCUUCAGAACUCACUUCGGAACCAAAGUGUCUGUAAUAAUUGACUGCUUUGAAGUGUUCAUGGAAAGGCCUUCAAAUCUAAAAGCACGUGCAGAGACCUGGUCAAAUUAUAAGCACAGCCACACUGCUAAGUACUUAAUAGGCAUAGCGCCUCAGGGUGUCAUUUCCUUUAUUUCAAAUGGUUAUGGCGGCCGAGCAAGUGACAAAACCAUCACUGAAAACUCUGGAAUACUCGACAAACUUGUUCCCGGAGACCUCAUUUUGGCUGACAGGGGCUUUGACAUCCAGGAAAGUGUGGGAACGAUGUGUGCCCAAGUGUACAUUCCGGCAUUUACUAAAGGUAAAGCCCAACUUGGUGCCUUGGAUGUGGAGAAGACACGGAGGAUUGCGAACAGUCGGAUCCAUGUAGAAAGAGUUAUUGGACUUGUUCGCCAAAAGUACCAGAUCCUGUCUUCUAAAGUACCCCACGACUACCUCCAGACAGAUGAAGACAAGACACUUGCACUGGAUAAAAUAGUUCAUGUCUGUUGUGCACUCACCAAUAUGUGUAACUCUGUUGUACCAUUCAACUAA